AUGCCCGUCGACAACCCCGAGAUCAUCCAGGCCGGUGGUCUGGAGCACCUGGACACCGACAAUGGCCGUCGUGUCUCCGUCACCAAGAACGAGGUCGUGCAAUUCUCCCGCCGUGACUCCGAUUAUGAAAAGGUCCCCACGGGAGAGGACCUUCAUGGACCCAAUGCUCUUCGCAGAGUCGCUGCCCCGAUUCCUUGGGCUGUCUACACGGUCGCAUUCGUGGAGCUUUGCGAACGCUUCUCCUACUACGGAACUCAGGUUGUUUACUCCAACUUCGUCAAUCACGCUCUUCCACUUCCUGCGCCCAAUGGCCCGCCAGGAUCUCACCACAACACUGGCGCCGGUGGUGGGACCGACCAGGGUAUAUCGGGUGCUCUUGGUCAAGGUCCCCAGGCUGCCAACGGUAUUAACACCUUCAACAAUUUCUGGGUGUACUGUGUGCCCCUCCUGGGUGCUUACAUCGCCGAUGAACACUGGGGAAGAUAUAAGACCAUCUGUGUCUCCAUUGCCAUUGCCAUCGUGGGUCAUAUCAUCCUUGUCAUCUCUGCUAUACCACCGGUCAUCACCCACACCACUGCCUGCUACGCCGUCUUCAUGAUCGGUCUAAUCAUCAUGGGAUUUGGGACGGGUAGCUUCAAACCCAAUAUUUCGCCCUUGAUCGUUGAACAGAUUGCUGUGACCAGAGCUUUCGUCAAGACUUUACCUUCCGGAGAACGAGUAAUUGUGGAUCCCAUCAUCACGCAGAGCAGAAUCUAUCACUACUUCUACCUCUUCAUCAACAUCGGCGCACUCGUUGGCCAAAUCGGCAUGGUCUACGCUGAAAAAUAUGUCGGAUUCUGGCUCUCGUUCCUCCUACCUCUUGUGGCCUUCUUGACAACUCCUGUGGUUAUGUGGUGGGGCCGCAAGCGCUAUCAACAAAGACCACCGGCUGGCUCCGUCGUUACCAAAGCUUUCCGCUGCCUCUUCUACGGAAUGAAGGGUCGCUGGUCUUUGAACCCAGUUACCAUGUGGAAGCGCACCAGCAACGGUUCGAUCUGGGAAGCCGCUAAGCCAUCUAACAUUCAACCCUCCCAACGACCCAGAUGGAUGACCUUUGAUGAUGCUUGGGUAGACGAGGUCCGACGAGGCUUUGCCGCCUGCGCAGUCUUCUGUUAUUUUCCACUAUACUGGUUAGCUUAUAACCAGUUAACGAACAAUCUAACAGCUCAGGCUGGUACGAUGCAGCUGAAAGGGGUCCCAAACGAUGUCCUAAACAACCUGGAUCCAUUCGCUUUGAUCAUUUUCAUCCCUCUUUGUGACUCAUUCUUGUAUCCUGGUCUUCGAAAACUCGGCUUCAAUUUCACGGCGCUCAAGAAGAUCACCGCUGGCUUUUGGCUUGCAGCCGCAGCUAUGAUCUGGGCUGCUGUCGUUCAAUAUUACAUUUAUAAGAGGUCACCCUGCGGAUACCAGGCCAACAGCUGCUUCAACGAUGAUGGUACCGUUAAUCCAGCGCCCCUCAAUGUCUGGAUUCAAACAGGAUGCUAUGUCCUUAUUGCCCUUUCCGAGAUUUUUGCAUCAAUCACGUCCCUUGAGUAUGCAUACUCCAAAGCACCCAAGAAUAUGCGAUCUCUGAUCCAGGCCAUUGCUCUAUUUACCAAUGCUAUUUCGGCUGCUAUUGCAGAGGCUUUGAAUCGUCUCUCGGGCGAUCCGUUGCUGAUCUGGAACUACGGUGUAUUUGCAGUCGUUGCCUUUAUUGGUGGCUGCAUAUUUAUCUGGCAAUUCUGGUCUCUGGACCAGCAGGAAGACGAACUCAACUUACUACCCGAGGGGUUUGUUAUUGCGCAGAAGGACAUAGAGGAGGUCUCCAUUAGUGAGCCUCAGUCAUAUACUAUUGAGGAGAAGAACUAA